UAACAACACAAGUCACAACAUUAUUUAACUCUUUUGAUGGUUUUGGUGUUUUAUCUUGAGUUUGUAUUUACUAUUUAUAUUCAAUCGAGAUUCGCGGUAAAUUUUAACUUGCUAGUUGCUAUUGUUAUAUUUUUACAGCCUAGUGUUGUAGUGUCUUAAAAACUUUACAAUUUUCUUUGUGUAGUCACGAGAUUAACAACAAAAGUUUGAACGGUUUAUUUAAAGCAUUUCGUUCUGUAGUUCUAACACAACACCUUAAUAAAAUUAAUUUCGAUGAACAAAGAAUAUACUAUAAAAAACUCUGUGACGACUUUGGCAAUAGCCAUUGCAGAUCACCAACAAACACCAAAUGAAAAUUAUGUGGACAAUUGUUUGGACAAAGUUAACAAUGUGCUUAAGCCCCAAUGGAUGAAAAAUCAAGAUGACAUCUUAUGUUUAUUUCAAGUAUGCCAAGAAAUUAGCCCAUCAGAUACAUAUCUAGUUGUUAAAUGCUGUAAAUUGAUGAGCAAAGUAUUACCAAAACUUGGUGUUAGUGAAGAAAAUCUUUUAAAAAAUACAAUUUCUUGGACACUAUCAUGCAUCUUCUAUUUUAAAUCCGGUGGUCAACAAUCGAAACAAAUCAAUGAAAUCUUUAAUUUUUAUGUCUGCACUAUUCAAACAUAUAGAAACUUGAACAUUAACAAUAAUAAAAAUAUUUCUGAUGUAAUGCUUUUAUUACUACAAGUGUUACAAAAAAUAGAAAACAAAUUUGUAGAACCUCAGACAAAUAUUGACAUACUUACAUACAUAAAGUUUUUAGAAGCAACUGUGGUUAUAAUAAAAGAUUAUGAUUAUAUCAACACUAUUGGAAUCUACAUAAUUAAAUUUAUUGAACAGUCAAUAAAUCAAAAAAAUUAUAUGCAAUCAUAUGAUCAAGAAGUUUUAAAAUAUGGAUUACAAAUUUUGUUACAACUUGUUGAACAGUCUAAACAAUGGACUAAUAAUAAUUUUAACAAAUUGUUACCAAUUGUUUUGUUAUAUUUAAGGUAUGGUUUGAUUUUUAAUCAAUCAAAAUUUCUUAAUGAUUUACAACCCUCUCCUAUCGUACAAUGGGAAAAUCCAUCAAGACUAGAUAUAGUACCUAUGAUUAAUAUGACAAAUAAACGACGUCAAAAAAAAAAGAGAAUUAUAGAAUCCAAAAAUAAAGUACCAAAAUUUGUUACUAUUUCAGUAGAUGAUGAAGUUUUGAUGAACAUUAGGGAUUCAGAUUUUUCUGAAGAUGAACCAUGCACAUCUAAUCUUAUUGGACGUAUAUCAAUAGAUAUACGGUUAUUAGCUGCACAAAUAAUGAAAAAAAUGUUUACUAUAGUAGAGAAAAAAAUGUUGUUAGGAUAUUUGUAUUCAAUUGUUGAUGGUUCAAUGAACAUUCAAAAUUGUUUGAUUUCUGAAGUAGGAAAUUCAGUACGUGAACCUUCUUCUAAAGUACGCGCAACUAUUAUAACUGCUAUCACAUCUAUUUUCAAUGGUUCAAAAAUAUUUUUUGCUCAAGCUCAAUAUAGAGAGAAAAAAGGUGCAUUUACAACAUGGUCUGAAACUCUUGCUGAUUAUAUAAUUACAAUACAUGAUACAUUGUUAAAAGAUUUUGGAAUGGAAACACAUAGUGUCCGUCUUGUACUUUUGCAUUGUUUUUCUACUGUGAUUUCUAACACACCAUAUACAAGGUUGAAUAAUAAUCUUCUAAAAUCAGUAUUAGACGCUAUACUUGUUUAUACUAAAUGUGAACCAUGUGAUAAUUAUCUAAGAAUAGGAGUGUUUCGCUGUUUGUCUUCUGUUUUCAAUUCAGAACUUCCACAAUUUGAAAAAGAAUUACUGUUAGAAAAAAGAACAGAAAUUGUAAAUUUAUGUUUGUUCUUAUUUAAAGAAACAAAAUCAUUUCUAGAAAGUGACCAAGACAAUACACAGAUGAUUGUAAGGCGUCAAUGUUGGCAAAUAUUAAAUAGCUACUGUAAUCAUUAUUAUGGUCUUAUUGAAAACAGAAUGUUAAUUAAUAUUGCAAUCGAAGACAUGAAAUACACUAAACAAACCUUGUUACGUAAAAAUAUUUUGUCGUGCUUAAAACAAAUGUCUGCAGUAUCAGAAGGGGAUGAUUAUAAAUCUGCAAGAUUAGAAAAAUGGAAGUUGAUAUUUCGAAAAUUAAUACCACAAAUGUUUGCAGAAAAAGAUCCACAAACACUGCCCAUUCUUAUUGAAAGUCUAUCCACAAUUGGAUCAGAUUUAUUUAACGAUCUUGAUAAUGAAUUAGUUGAUCAAUACUGUGAUGAAUUACAUAUGUUUGUUACCUGUGAAGAUCAAAAUAUCCAAUCAGCUGCAAUAGCAACAUUGGGUACACUUAUUAAGUAUGAAAAGCUAUCAAAAAAUCCAAUUUAUGUAAAACACACUAUUGAUGGUUUGCUUUAUGUUUCAUCAAUAAAUAAAAUAAAUUCAGUUCAAGAAAAAUUGGCAUGGACAUUAAACUGUGUGUCUGAAAUCUUGGUAGAAAAUUGGGAUUUGUAUGAAAUUGAAGAUGAAAAAUUAAUAUGUUUGGCUAAAGCUGCACUAUCAACACUUGACCGUAAACCAUGUAGAGCUUGUGGUUCUAGAGCUUUAGGUCUAUUACUAUCAUUAAUUGACCAUACUGAUAUUAAUGGACAGCAAUUUGGCCCUUUAUAUGAAGACUCAAUAAAUAUUUUAAUUAAUAUAGCCAAUGGAAAUGAUAGUAUGAAAAAUCGUUGGAAUAGUUGUAAUUCUCUAGGUGUCCUCUAUCAAACCAAUUCCAUCCAAAAGUUACCAGAAACUUUAAGGAAUAAUGUAUUCAAUACAUUAUCCACAUUAAUUAUAAAUUGCUGUAACUUUAAAGUCAGGCAUGUGGCUUGUUCAUCUUUAAUGUAUAAUCGUCGAGACUUGUAUGGUAAUAACUACUCAAAAAUGUGGCACAGAUUGUUUGAUGCUUUUGAAAAUUCUCAAAAUUUACCUCAUAUUUGUGAAUAUAAGCAUCAACAAAAACUAAUAAAUCAGCUUUGUGCAUCAUUUUGCAAUUUGUGUAACUUACUUGAGCCAUCAGAUAUUAGUGGUUUAACUUAUUUGUUUGAUUCUCGACUACAUGUAAUCCAGAAUGAGAUGGAAAAGUUUUGUAAUUUAAACGAUAUUCCAAAUUAUUCUGAAAUGUUAGCAGCAACACAUAACCAUCUACAUAAGAUGUUGAAAACCAAACAACUCACAUCUAAACAAGAAGAGAUUGUAAACAACUUGGUAAAUGUAUUUGUUAAUCGUUAAAGUAUCAUAUGACUUUGUUAUCCAAUUGUAUACCAUAUAUAAUUUAUUUUAAUAAAAUAC